AUGCGCCUCAUCGUGCUUGUCAGCAUUGCCAACGCCGUCGUAUCGAUGCGACCGAUGCAAAAGACGAUGCAAAAGGCAUUGCGGAAGGCCGUCGCACCGACGGCCGCCGCAAUUGCACUGCUCGGCGGUAGUACUGCAGCCAACGCGGCACUGCGAGAAGACGUUGUCGAGCUCGCGGACGCGAGCUACCCCAUCCUCAAGCAGUUCAAGCCCGAGGCCUUUCAGCCCUUCGUGGGUAAAGUAAGCGCCAUCCUCGUCAAGUCGCCGGAGUUCGCGGCAACCGUCGACGCCGCGCUCGACUGGUUCAACAGCGUGCCCGACGCCAACGUAGCCAAGACGACGGACGCGGUCAAGGCCGCGAUGGACGGCCUGGACCCGGCGAGCUGCGAUCUGAUUCCGCUCCCGUCGACCGAAAGUUGGGAGGCUUUUGCUGCUAAGGCAACCGCGGGCGCCGACGCGGGAAAGCUCAAGACGUUCGCGGACCGCGCGGCGCCCGUCGUCGCCGCCCUGAAGCGUGCCGACGGCGACCGCGUGUGUUUGCCUCCAGUCGCAAAGCUCGAGACCGCCGCGCUGGCCCAGGCCGACGCCGCGGCGGCGGCUUCGAGCGGCGCCGGCGCGAAGUUCAACGCACAGGCCGGCAAGUACGGCGCGUCCCUGCCCAAGGGGCCGCUCAUCCAGCUCUUCGGCGGCUACGAGGGCGCGAAGCAGACGCUCGGCGCGAGCCGCGAGGACCGCGCGCGCUUCGAACGGGCCGGCAAAAUCGUCGAGCAGCGGGCGACGGUUCUGUCGCGGCAGAUGAAGGGGAUGUGAUAAUUUCCGGGGCUUACUUGUUCAAACGACGCCCCGCGAUACACCCC